CGGAAAUUUUACAAGUCCACUUCUACUCAUCUUCAAUUGCACACCCUCUAGAUCUCCAAACAAAAGAAAACCACCACCAUGCAGCUUCUCUCCAUCCUCCCUAUCGCAGCUUUGGCUGGUACUUCCCUCGCAGUGCACUGGAACGUGACCCUCUACACCGACACCGAGUGCACCGAAUACAAAUGGUCAUACGCCGGAAACCAGAGUUACGGGUGUUACUCGCUUGAAACAUACAACCCAACCAUUCAGUCUAUCAGGGCUGAGAUUCCCGAUGAUUGGGUUUUCGAUGGAGCGAGCGGUGGUGCCUGUGAUUACUUUCACACUUACGGGGGCUCGGGAUGCUGGACUCAGGGUCAGGGAUUCAAGUCUUUCCAGGUUUACCCGCAGGCAAGCUGAGGUGAUGGCACCCAAUGUUGAGAAAAUAAAAUGAGAAUCGUCCGGUUACGACGUGCAUGCUAUUACUAGGUUUAUAUGCGGACAUUGGUUUCAUUUCAGUUGUUUCUACCUGUCUUACCAUGCGCCCUGUACUAGACACAUGCAAUUGGCUUUCUCACAUAGAAAGUCAUGAGACAGGGGUUUCUGUUAUACUCGAGUUCGACAAAAUUAGAGUAGUUGCUAGGCCAAUCGGCCCAAUUGUCAAUAAUCUCAAGGCAUUAGCCUAUUAUGUGGAUAUCCGUC